CUCGUAGCUAACAAGACACAAUCGAUAUUUUUAGGUGGGUGAAUAGGCAACAGUAUUAUACAGUGAUUGAACCGAGGACAAAAAUUGUGCAUGUGUGUUGCAAAGGUUGGAUGAUGAAUGGAAUUGAUUGUUCAAUCGCAAUCUGUAGCAACGGCUGCCUUCAUGGCGUGUGUGAUAAACCAGACAACUGCUCGUGCAAUAAAGGUUACUACGGACCAUCCUGCAGCAGAGGAUGCCCGUCUCAUAAAUAUGGCGCUCACUGUCGUAAAGAUUGCCAGUGCAAAAACAAAGCGAAAUGCGACUCUAAGGAAGGGACAUGCGAGUGCACAGAGGGUUGGUCAGGGGUAACUUGUGACCAGCAGUGUAAACUUGGGACUUAUGGCAAGAGCUGUGCUCAUCAGUGUUCAUGUAAUUCCAGCAAUGUCGAGACACCUUGUGAUAUAAAAACUGGGAAAUGUUUUUGUCGUCCAGGUUUCACAGGUGGCAGUUGUGAAAAGAAGUGUCCUCCGAAAUUGUAUGGCCCUGGAUGUAAGCAGACGUGUCAGUGUGUAAAUAAUGGAACUUGCAACCAUAUUGAUGGAAGUUGUACUUGUUCUCAUGGUUGGACGGGAUUGAUAUGUUCCGAACAUUGUCCAAAAGGGUUCUAUGGAAAACGCUGUUCUUUAGAAUGUAACUGUACGAAGUCACCAUGUCACCACGUGACUGGUAAAUGCCAAUGUCUGGACGGCUACAUUGGUGAUAGAUGUCAAGAACCGUGUUCGAACAACACUUUUGGACCAGGUUGUCUCAAAGAAUGUGACUGCAUUCACAACAGCACGUGCGCAAUUGAUACGGGGCAGUGUAAUUGCACGGCUGGAUACGCGGGGAUAAGGUGUGAACGCACAUGUGAUCUAGGAACAUCGGGGAAAAAUUGUCAUACCAAAUGUAACUGUACUACUGGACAAGGACAAUGUAAUCCUUUUACAGGCGUCUGCAGCUGUCAUCACGGUUUUAAUGGAACCUCCUGCGAAGACCGCUGUCCACCAAAUACAUACGGCCCACGGUGUAUGGGAAGAUGCGAUUGUGAUAACAAUGCAACAUGUCGAGUGGAUGAUGGAUCAUGUGAUUGUGCUGAAGGAUGGACUGGGGUCAAGUGCUCUCACCCAUGUCCUCUUGGAACGUAUGGAAAGAAAUGUGGGGAGAAAUGUCGAUGUAAAAACGGGGCCGUCUGUAAUCGUGUUGAUGGAAGCUGCACAUGCGCUGGAGAAUGGCAAGGAGUUUAUUGUGACGAAAAAUGCCAAAACUGGACGUACGGAAUAAAUUGUACAAAGAAUUGCACUUGUGCACGGAACACGACGUUGAGUUGUCACGGUAUAACUGGUCAUUGUGAAUGUAAACUAAACUAUAUCAACGAAGACUGUAGCAAAAAGCAAGUUUGCAAGAAAGGUAAAUUCGGGAAGGAUUGUAAUAAUCGUGUCGAAGAGUGCCCUGAUGGAACGUUUGGAAAGAAAUGCCAGCAGAAAUGCUUAUGCGAAAAACACAAACAAUGUAAUCACGUCGAUGGUUCAUGUAAUUGCACUCUCUAUCCUGGUUGGACAGGACCAAGAUGUAAUGAAGGUUGUCUUCCUGGACGAUACGGCAUAGCAUGUAAUCAGACGUGUAAAUGCGAAAAUAAUGCAACGUGUGAUCAGGCGACAGGCUCGUGCGAAUGUCUUGCAGGCUGGAAUGGAACUUAUUGCGACCAACCUUGCUCAAAAAACAAGUACGGACGAAACUGUGCACUGGAGUGUCAAUGUUUCAACGACAACACACUUUCGUGUCAUCCAGCCUCUGGAAAGUGUAGUUGUAAGUCUGGUUGGACUGGUGACGUUUGCACGAAAGAGUGCUCUGAUUAUUUCCAUGGGUUAGACUGCGUUCAGCCAUGUUCUUGCAACAAAUCCAACACUGCUUGGUGUGAAUCUGAAACAGGAAAAUGUCAUUGUCUAUCUGGAUGGAAAGGUCGAAACUGCAACGAAGUUUGUGGAAAAGGCCGAUAUGGUUGGAAGUGUGAUUUAGAAUGUAACUGUACAGCUCCGAUGCAUCAAGAUGGUAUCUGUAAUCACAUCAAUGGAACAUGCCUUUGUCCUGAAGGACGAUACGGAAAGUUUUGCGACGAGAGCGCUUCUAAUUCUGAUGCCUCACUUGGAAACGAGGAUCCCAGUGCUGCUGCAGUGAUAGGCCCUAUCAUAGCUAUCGUCAUCAUCAGUGUCAUUCUGGUUGUAGUAAUGAUUGUAUACGUUCGGAGACGUCGCACAGGAGAACUUAAAUGUCACAGAACGAAUAGUUCAAACAUUGUUAAUCAUGAAGAAACGGGAGCAAAUGAAAAUGAAGGAACAGGGAUGUCUAAUCCAGCAUUUGAUAGGGAUAUCACCUUCAAUCCACUUUACGAAGGAUGUGAUUUUUUGGAAAUAGAGAAUCAGCCCGAGUUUGCUCCAUCUUCACUUGUUUCGCCCAACCCCUUAUACGGCGAUAUGGAUGAUCUUCCGAGUCAUUUGACCAAGCGUAUAGUUUCAGGUUCCUCUGAGAACGCUCUGUACGACUCUGGGGCUCCCCAAGAAAGACCCGAGGAUGAAGACAAUUACGCCUGUAUCAGUGAUAACCCAGCACCGGCAUUGCCCAAAAAGAAACAGGAGAAAAAACCUAUUUGUCCAGUUAAUAACCUAUACAGUUUACCAGUUAAAAAAUCGGACCAAGAGGUCCCGACAGCCGGCCGACAUGCGGUGAUGAAUUUAUGUGACGAGGAUGCUACGAUGAACCCAAUCUAUGAUUCUGGGACUGCCUAAUUUAUAGAUCGUAAAAUAAUGCAGAAUCUACUAUAUUAUAUAACAUUCCAUAAUAAAUAUUACACUGGGUAAA